AUGCCACAACCACAAACAGGUGCGGUCGUGCCCCCCUCACUGACUCAACUAGCUGCACAACAUUUGGAAAAGAUCAGGAAUGGGAAGUUGAGCUCCGAAGUACGAGACAAGACCAUUUUGUGUUUGCUUGACUACUUUGGUGCUUUGGGUUCUGGAUUAUCAGCUCCCUGGGCAAAGAGUCUAUUGAGAUAUGCCCAAGUCAGUACGAGUGGUAGUAGUGGAUUGUCUACUUCAUCAUCAUCAUCAUCACCACAGAGCGGUGGUGUGAGUGUCAUGGGACUUCAAAUGCUGUGUUCUGCUGAGACUGCAGCUUUUACAAACGCUUCUAUCGCUCACGGUAUCAUAAGAGAUGAUAUGCAUCUUGCAGCCGGUGCCCAUAUUGGUGUCAUGGUGAUUCCAGCCGCGCUCGCCUUGGCUCAGAGGGACAGCUGGUCAGGCGAGCAACUCCUAAAGGCUGUAGUUGGUGGUUACGAAAUGGCCGUCGCUCUGGGAUCCGCGGUCCGCUCUUCAGGUACAUGUAACCCUCAUUUCCGACCCAGUGGGAUCAUAGGAGCUUUCGCCUCCGCGGCGACUGGCAUCAUGGCCGAUCCUACCAUCACUCAGUCCCAAUCUGCCUGCGCGCUGGGUCUGGCUGCCAACAUGGCCGCCGGAUUAAACGAGUGGCCUUGGGCGGGUGGUCUGGAGAUCACCACGCAGAUGGGUACCGCCGCCCGCGCAGGGAUCACCAGUUAUGACCUCGCAAAGGCAGGUGUGAGUAGCAGUUUGACGAUCCUAGAAGGGAAAGAUGGUCUCUUUGAGGCGUACGGAUGUGGUGAUCGAAAGGUCGCCGCCACGGUAUUUCGCAAUCAUUUGCUUACGGUCGACGACGAAGACGCGGCGUCAAGAACGGAUGAAACGACAAAAUACGGUGCAGGUGUCAUGGGAGCCAAAUUCAAACCUGUCGCCGGUUGUAAUUUCAUCCAGACUCCAGUGUGUGUUGCACUCCGGAUUCAUGACAGUCUCAACAGCCUCGACAAGAAUACAAAUUGUGCGACGACGACUACUUCGGGUAUCGAAAACAUUGACCGAAUCACCAUCACAACGACGUCCCCAGCCAUCACUUACCCUGGCUGCGACAAUACCGGACCUUUCCGAAAAGUCCAACAGACCAAAAUGAGUCUCCAAUACGCCGUGUCUUCGGCGUUGUUGUUCGGCCGAGUCGACGAGUGGACCUACAGGCACUUUUCCAACAAACAGCUUGAUUAUUUGAUCGGGAAAUGCGUGCUAGAGACCGAUGCAGGGUUUGACGAGGACUUGUACAAGCGAGGGAAACAACCUUGUAAGAUCGAGGUCAAAAUGAAGAACGGACAUGUCCAUCGUGAUUUCAUGGGUGACGUUCCUUGGUUGGACGGUGAGGCUGUUGAAGAGAGGUUCAAAAGAGAAGCGAAUACGAUGUUUGUUGACCGUGCUGAUGUGACGAAAGGUGACCCAGCUCGGGGGGUCGUGGACGAGAUUAUUCUCGAGUGUCGUCGUCUCGGGACCUCACAGAGUACCGAGAGGCUGUUCGAAUUGUUGGCCUCGGGGGGACCUUUGAUUGUGAAAGACAACGUACAGGAUAGCGUCUUCGAAUAA